AAAUAUAUAUAGCCUGUAUAUCUGCUGGAGCCCAUCUCAGGGCCUGACCAGCUCAGAGCGUCUGCGCAUGCGCACCGGAGCAGCGCUAAUGGCGGAGAGCGUGCGGUCGCCGUUCGAUUACCGGGAGCCCCCGACCCUGGACAGCGACGGGGAUGGAGGAAAGCCGCCGCCGCCGCGCGGGCGAGUGUGUGGCAGGAAGAGGAAGGGGACGCCGGUGAAGGUGUGUGAAAGAGCGGCGUAUGUGACGGAGGACGAGGAGGAGAGUCUGUCUGAACACAGUUACAGCCCAGGGGAUGAGCAGUACACAGAGGGAGCUGAAGACCGGAUCCCUGCGCCGAGCAGCCCGUUCUUCCUCACCGACCCGGCACAGCUCUGUGUGCCAGAGCUGGCUGAAGAGGGCGCUAGCGGCGUCCGCGGCCCUGUGCUGUUCCACCCAGCGCCCAACUGCAGGAUUAGAGAGGUGCAUUGUGGGAGUCAGGUCCGGCUCGUCGUCAUAGCCAUUCGAGACAUUGCCAAAGGAGAGGAGAUCACAGUGGACUACAGCCUGACCGACUGGGGAGAAAAUGCCAUGGGCUUUCAUACUUCGGUGUCCCCGCGCGGGUUUGAAUGUGGAUUCAACCCAGAGAGCAACAUCAAGAAGGAGGAGGAGCCGGGUUCACUCCCAAUGUCUCUCAGCGUUUCUGACUACCUCACUCCGUCAUGGUCCCUGUCUCCCUCCUCCUCUCCGCUGUCUCACUCCGAGGCCAGAGACUCUGACCGAGAGGAGGACGAAGAGGAGGAGGACGACGACGACGACGACGAUGAUGAUGACGACGAAGAUGAUCUGGAGGAUCUGCGGGGCCGCAUGAUGAGACGCCGCAAGAAACAGAAAACCUCGGCGACCAUCAAGAAGAAAGCCCAGCCCCGCCCCCUGUCCUUCACAUGCCCCGCCCCUUCCUCACCGACGCCCUUCCAGCAGCCUCUAGCCCCGCCCACCACCAACAUAAACAAUAACAUAAACAUAAACAUCGGCGCGAGCGGCGCGCUCUCCCGCAGACAGCACUGUCCCUACUGCGGCCGUCACUUCCGCUCGCUCGCUAGGCACCUGGAGAAACACCACGAGCAGCAGCCCGAGGUCCGAGCAGCCAUGGAGCUGUCGCACCCCCCCGCCUCCUCGCACCCCGUCACAUCUCCCUCUCAGCCCUCGCCCUCCCUGUUUCCCCGCGAGCGAGACGCUUCGUCUUCAGCGCCGAAGUCCGGAGGCGUCUCCUUCUCGCUCUCGCUGUCUCCGCCUCCUGCCUCCAAUACCGCAAAAAAGAGCUCAGCGACAGCGCCUAAAAACAAGAGCCCGGCCGUCUCGCCCAAGCCUCCCGCCAGGAGAGGACGGCCGCCGAAGAAAGAGAAAGAACAGCAGCAGAAGAAGCAGGAGGAGCCCGGGAAACAGGAGGAGGAGGUGGAGGAGGAGAAGAAUCAAGAAGACGGAGGCGCAGAGGAGAAGAACAGUGACGUGGCGAGGUGAGCUUGUCUUAGAACAUGCACUUUCUCUU